UAGAUAUUUCAUAAACUUGAACUAAAUUAAAUGUUUAAGUUCAAAAACUAAAUAAAUUACACCAACGGGUACUUCUGUUUCAUCCUUUUAAACUAAAUGAAUCUUUUAAAUUUUACAAAAGGAAACUUUUGAAGAAUGAGUGAGCCCUUUUCAUAAAUAUGGAACAUUACUAUUGGUCCCCUGUUGUAUAUAUUAUAUUUAGACACAACAAUGAUGAAACCAGCCUUUCUUAUAGCUUUUAUAAUUAAAAACAUUUGGUGUUAUAAAAUAAAGAUAGUUCCCAUGUUCAAUAAAAAUAGUGAACAUGAGAGAUUUGCAGGGGAAACUUGCUGCCUUUAAGAAAGCAAAACCCUGCCUGAAAUUUAGACACAGACCAGGGUUUCUGUAAAAAAAAAACAAAAAAACUGAAUUAUUUGGGCACCAGAACGGAGGACAGGUUUGGCAUAAACCAGUUAAAGGUUAGAAGUAUGGGGAUGCUUUGCUGCAAUUAGACCCAGCAGCUAGCCAGCACAUAGUUAACCAUAAGUUCUUCAUUGCAUCAGUGGGUCCUCUCAAGAAAUGUGAGAAAAACUUUAGGAAGAAGCCGAUCUGGACCUUGGAACAUGACAAUAACCCAAAAUGUAUAAGCAACUCCUCCAAGGUUUAGUUCAGAGUCAGAAAAUGAAAAGUCCUGGGCAAAAUCGAACUCAGAUAAUAAUCUCAGAGAAGCUGAUGGGUGAUUGUGACAAGCCAGAACCUCGUAAACUAAUCACUGAAAGGGAGGAAUGGAGCAAACUUUCCACAGACUGAUGUCAGAGACUGAUUGGUGGUUCUCACUGAAGUUAUUUCAAACUGAAACUGUAAGAAGAAAAUGCCAUCCAGAAACCAUCUUGACAAAGUUGGGCGCAAGAAAAAGAAGAAAUGGACGGAGGAGGCCAUGGAGCAAGCGCUGAUAGAGGUGAAGUCUGGGAGGUGCACAGUGAGGCAGGCGGCCAAGGAGUUUGGCGUCCCCAAGUCCUCGCUUGGAGACAGAGUGAGUGGACGGGUGACACCGGGGAGCCGCAGCGGGCCAGCUCGGCUCAUCACCUCCGCAGACGAGAAGCUGCUGGUGGAGUUCUCCUUAUACAUGUCCAAGCAUGGAUUCCCACUUACCAAGCAGCAGGUAGUGUCCUUCGCAUCGUCCAUUUAUAAGCGGCAGCACCGGAGGGUGGCAUUUUCCAAACUGGGCCAGACGUGGUGGCUCAAUUUUAGAAAAAGGCAAGAAAAGAACAUUGCUAUUCAGCCAGCAGACAAUGUUGUGCGUGGGAGAACAGUGUGUGUCAGGAAGGAAGCGGUGGAUCAGUUCUUUCGUCUGUUGAGCACGGUCACAGACACACACGGGCUCAGAGACUCGCCGAGCCAGAUCUACAACUGUAGCGAGAUGGGCUACCAACUGAGCAGGAGGAAGGCCGUCUUCUCCAAGCCCACGAGUCUGGGCUACAAGCCAGCGCCAAGCUCCAGGGACCACGUCUCUGUCCUGGCUUGCUUCAACGCAGCUGGAGAAGACAUUCCUCCAUUUGUUAUCUACUCCAAGGCCUAUCCAGGAGGCGUGUGCUACAAGACGCAAGGCCCGCCUAAUGCCCUCUACGGGUGGUCGGAAUCUGGCUACGUCAACUCAGAGCUCUUUAAGAAGUGGUUCCUCAAACAUUUUCUCCUUCAUGCAGCAAAGGAACGUCCUCUGCUGCUGAUCUUCGACGGCCACAAGUCGCCGGUGAGCCUGGAGGUGGUGGAGUCGGCUCAGAAAGAGGGGGUCAUCCUCCUUUGCCUGCCUCCCCAUUGCUCACACAUGCUGCAGCCGCUCGACGCCAGCCUCUUCGUGGUCCUGAAGCAGCGUUUCGCUUCACUCACAGGGGACGCCGACGGCGGCGCCGAAGGCCACUUCGCCGUCAGCAAGAAGGAGUUCUCGGAGGUGUUAAACAGAACUUAUCAGAUAGCAAAGGAAGAGGAAGGUGUCCGGAUUGUGAAGGAAGGUUUUAGGAAAUGUGGCAUUUUUCCGCUUAACCACUACGCACUUAAUGAGGUUCAUUUAAUGCCUUCACACAACAUCGACCCCGCUGCUGGCGACUCCUUGUUAAACUCGGCAGAAGGCAUGCACUCUGCAGCGGAGCUCGCAGCACCUGGACCCUCCUCCUAGCUCAUUACCAAUUCAUCAAACUGUCUGUACCUUUGAGGUGAGCGGGGUCGGUUCUCCUGAGGAAACCGUGACUGGUCGCAUUAUUCAGCCAAACCCAAUCAACUCAGACUAGUCCCGCUCAUUAAGAUGCCGAGUGAGUUUGUAGUCCUGUGGGGACAUCUCGCCGCACCCACCCCACUGCUUCCGUGCAGGACGCUCUGUUUAUCCACCGGCCAGAAUAAAGGGAUGUGUUGAUAUUUAAUUAGUUUCCUGCAUUGUGUUCAAUACCUUUCUUACAAUGCUUUACUACUUUACCUUCCAGCUGGUUAAGGUAAAUUGGGACAAUACAGUGUGGGCCACAUUUAUUGCCGCCUUUUGGAAAACUAUAAAAACAAAAACCUUAAAUAGAUACAUUUUUACAGGAGUGGCAUAACUAAGAAAAUCAUUUUAAUCAGAAUAGAUUCCCUUACCUCAUCAAAAAUUGGCCAUUUUCAACAAAAUGACUGGUGCAGCAAUUCUUUGAACCUCUAACAAAUAAUUUUGAAUUUAAUAUCUUUAUUUAGGUUUUGUUGCUUGUAUGUGACACAGUGCAAUAGAUGUGACAGCAUUCUUCAUAAGCCAAGAAACACUGCAGCUGUCGUGCAUUACUGUAAGAGAACUGCGGCAAAGAGUGACAUUUUAAGGUCACAGAGUCUCCAUGACAAGCCGAUUGCUUGCAUGCUUGCAAGAAAAAGCCUUUUCUGUCCUUCUAUCAAAAACAUAAACUGCUGGGAGUUGUGCUUUUUUCAGAUGAGACUAAGACUGAGCCUACACGGCAGAGGAUCUGUCAUUCUGUGGGUCAUUUUCACUUUCAAAGGGCUUGAAAAUCUUGUCAGAGUUUGUAGCAUCAAAAACACUUAAAAAUCGUCAUCAUUGGGUAUUUUACAAUAUGUUGUAAAACACCAAAAAUACCAGACCUAGUCAUGUUUUUAUUGCAAAUAUCUUAGUACAAUUGAAAUAAGACAAAACUAACUUACAAGUAACGUUUCAGCAAGAAAUAUUAGCUUUUUUAAAAAGCUUCCCAUAUCAUAGGUUAAAAUGUCUUGCUCCCCCAGCAGAUUAUUUCACUUCUAGCUAGUACUUUUAAAUCAAUUCAAAUGAAUUAUCGACUUAAAACAAGCUCAUGUUUUGUGCUGAAAAGUUAUUAUAAGUUCAUUUUGUCUUAUUUCGAGAAUACCAAGAUAUUUGCGUUAGAAACUGGAUAAAAAACAUUCUUGUUUUUGCAGUGCAAAACCAAACCAACACAAAAAAUUUCUCAGCACACAUUUCUUUUCCUAGUGUGAAUCUUAUCCAUAAUGUAAGUUUAAGGGAAGAUAUUGUGGGAGAAGGCUCAGUGUUUCUCUGUUGGUAAAAGAUGAGGUAAAAAGUGUUAACAGCAUGGGUGCCAGUAAUUGUGGCCCUCUGUGAAUUUUGUCUCUCCCACUCAAUAGAUG